UUCUCUAUACGGGCUGUGACGCCCAGAAAACCCAAGUCCAGAAUCUGGCCUCCCCCUCAAACUUAACCGACCCGUACCUGAUCGAGUGGGACAAGAACCCAAACAACCCGGUCAUCUCACCCACCACCGAUAACAUCAACGGCAGCGCAUUCAGAGACCCGAGCAGCGGAUGGUUGACUCCGGACGGUCAAUGGCGGAUCCUCAUCGGAAGCAAAUCCGACCGCCGCGGGAUGGCUCUUUUGUACAAAAGCUCCGAUUUUGUUAAUUGGGUCAAAGCGGAGGAGCCCUUCUUUUCAUCCGAGAACACGGGCAUGUGGGAGUGCCCGGACUUUUUCCCGACGCAUUUUCCAUACGAGGACUCGAAGUUCGUCCUUAAGGUCAGUUUGGAUGACUGUAAACGGGACUAUUACGCCAUUGGUUCGUAUGGGUACCCGGAAGAUGACGUGUUCAUACCAGAUGAGGGGUCUGUCGGGUUUGAAGAUGAAAACAGUGUUUGUUCCUCUCGAUUGUUGAUGUUUGAUUAUGGGAAGUAUUACGCUUCAAAGACAUUCCUUAUAGCGGGUUAUACGCCCGAAAGCAGGAGGAUCUUGUUCGGAUGGGUCAAUGAAUCAACAGAUGCGUCCAUUUAUACCGGGGCUGGAUGGGCGGGUCUCCAGGCAAUUCCAAGGCAGGUAUGGCUUGGUGCAUCUGGGAAGCAAUUGGUGCAAUUGCCAGUAGAGGAAAUAAAGCAGCUAAGAGAAAACCAAGUUAGUGUACCGAGUGCAGUCCUACAAGCAGGGUCAGUUGUUGAAGUUACUGGUGUCAUGGGCUCACAGGCGGAUGUUGAACUUGAAUUUGGUGACCCCAUGCUGGAGAAAGCAGAGGAGCUGAAACCCGAAUGGACUACCGAUCCACAAGAGCUGUGCAGCCAAAUGGGUGCAUCAGUUAGGGACAGUCUUGGUCCUUUCGGGUUGCUAGUCCUGGCGUCACAGGACAUUCAAGAAUUCACAGCAGUUUUCUUCAGAAUUUUCAAAAAAGUAGAUAAAUAUGUAGUUCUCAUGUGCAGUGACCAAACCAGGUCUUCAUCUAAUCUGGAUUAUGACAAAACUACAUAUGGAGCCUUUUUGGAUGCCGACCCUCUUGUGGAGAAGCUCUCUCUCAGAUGUUUGAUUGAUCAUUCAAUUGUAGAGAGCUUUGGUGGAGGAGGGAAAGUUUGCAUCACUUCUAGGGUUUAUCCCUCCACUGCAAUUGAUGCUGAGGCACAUCUAUAUGCCUUCAACAAUGGGACUGUGGACAUAUCGAUCUCUAGCUUGAAUGCUUGGAGCAUGAAGAAAGCAAAUAUCAACUGAUUUACAAUAUCACCAACCAAUGGGAUUUAUUUCCUUUACAUGUUUCUUGUGAUUUGAAAUAAAUAAAUGAAAAUUUGUGACCUUGAUUUGGAAAGAACUAAUGAGAAUUGAAGUUUGGAAUAUAGUAGGGUGGGAAUAACGAAUCAAC